AUGUGCUACACCAUUCGUAAAAAUGUGAAUCCAUCCUACGGCACAAGCCUUUCAUUUGGAAGUACCCCCUCCCCUAGAGUUUAUCUUACUUGUCUCAAUAUUUCUAUCGUGAUAGUGUACAAUACAAACUUAAUUCGUGAAUGGAAGGUUUUUAUAGCUGAAAGAUUUCCUCCUUUCUUUAGAUUCUUUCAGAAAAUUAAAGUUGAAGGACGAUUUCAAAUGUAUUCUACCUGGUUCGCAUCUGUCGUUCUGCUGGGAACUGUUUUUACCUAUAUUAUCAUGUCCGACUUAACCUUCACUCGACUUUUACCACGCAUAAUGGAAAGACGAGCUCGUUCUGGUGGAAAGAAAAGUUCUUCCUUUGUUUUAAUUUUUGCACAACCAAGAACAGGAUCGUCAUUUCUAGGACAGUUAUUCAACCAACAUCCAGAUGUAUUUUAUCUUUACGAACCUCUUCACCCCUUCGCGGUGUUUAAAAAAUUGAAAUAUAUUGCAGAACGAAAUUACACAACUCUUACACGAUUAUUCCUUCGAAAUGCUUCUAUCUGCAACUUUAAUGGCUUCCAAGAAUACUUUAAUUUUCUUUCUCACCCAGGACUGUCAAAUCCACAUUUUGUUUUAUCGAGCAGAUCACUGGCAUCAUUACCUUUCUGCAAAUAUGCUUUUCAACCGUUUAAAAAUCUCUUUAAACCUUUAAGCAAAUGUUAUCCGUUAGACGCAAACUUAGUGUCGCUUAAUUGCAAAUCGAAGAAGUUCGUUGCUUUAAAAAUAUUAACUCACCGUUUACCUGAGGAAAAUUUAAAAGACUUGGUCGAAGGUGAUUCUUUACAGCCGCAAAAAAUUCCACUUAAAACUAUACAGUUAGUACGCGAUCCGCGGGCGGUUGUUUGGUCCAUGAUAAAAAUGGGUUUAAUAUCAAGAGGAACUAAAAACUACAUCAGGACAGAAUUAAACAAAAAGGGACUAAACUCAACUUUUCGCCCACCAAAUAUAAACUUUAUCCCUGGUUUCAGUUUCAUCGAGCAAGUUCGACGUUUCUGUGAUCGACUGAAAAAGGAUAUGAACUUGUCAUCAUACCUUUCGUCUAAACUUGGUCCAGAUCAGUACAGAGUAAUUCGCUACGAGGACUUAGCGGAGAACAUCCCAGAGUUUUCACGCAAAAUAUUUCAGUUUACGGGGAUUGAUUAUGCUGCAGAGGUGAAAGAAUGGCUGCGAAACAUCAAUUUUGAUGAAAAAAGAGAUAGUAACGAUGAGCUUAGCUACUCUACAAGCAACAGAAAUACCUCUGUUACUAUCAACUCUUGGAGGAAGGAACUCUCGCUGCUGGAAACUCUUAUCAUUGAUAACCAAUGCGCUGAUUUUAUGGUAAAGUUUGGUUAUAAGUUUAUCGAAAGCGCAAAUCUUCUUAAAAAUAUGGCAAAAAGUCUAAGGAAUCCGUUACAAAAAAACUUUCAUACCAUGUAA